AUGUGCCUCUCACCAUCCGAGCUAAGAGAACUUGAGCAAGUGCAAGUGUUGCGAAGGAGUGACGACAACUUCGAGAUUCCAUUCGAAUCGAGCGUUAAAUCGCCAGCUCCCCUCGAAACUAUAAGUCCACAGAACGUGGUCACCAGCCCAGUUAGUCCCAAGCAAGAAGUUGAGCCCGAGCUAUUGAUACCUCGUGAUUUCAAUUUCUCAUUCGAUCCUGGUCUAGACUUCAAUAAACUCUCUGCUACUGUUACAAUGCCGUCUGGAAAGCACGACGUCGCACAAAUUCAGGAUAAUCAUGAUGGGACAGUGACAGUGAGCUAUAAACCAGUGCAGUGCGGUCAUCACUCGUUAUCGAUACAACACAAUGGUGUGAAUAUGGUCGGUAGUCCAAUAGCGUUCUUCGUGGAUGUGGCUGGAGCAGGACCGGUUACGGUUUAUGGACCAGGUUUAUCGCACGCAGUUGUCGGUGAACCGGCCGCGUUCACCGUAUCUGCGAAAGGAUCGCAAGCGAAAGAGUUGUCCGUCUCGGUUGAGGGUUGCGCGAAAGCGACCAUCAAGUGCGAUGAUAAUAAGGAUGGUACUUGCUCGGUUGCAUGGGUUCCACCCGUACCUGGCGAGUACAAAAUCAAUGUGAAGUUGGCUGGCAAACCGGUCAAGGACUCACCGUUCACAGUACUUGUGGCUGGAGAAGGACAGAAAAGAGCACAUCUCUCAGUGGGAUCAACAUCUGAAGUAUCAUUGAAUAUAUCAGCUAAGGAACUGAAAGGGUUGUCUGCAUCAAUUAAAAGUCCGUUAGGUAUUGAAGAGCCAUGCUUCAUUCGUAGUAUCGACGACACACAUAUCGGUGUAUCGUUUACGCCAAGAGAAGAGGGCGAGCAUCUCAUAACGGUGAAGAGAGACGGUCGAGUAUUACCAAAAUCGCCUUUCCGAGUGAAAGUCGACAAAUCGCAGGUCGGAGAUGCAUCAAAAGUGGUUGUUUCUGGUAAAGGAAUAGCAACAGCAGUUUGUCAAGAGUUCAACGAUGUUGUUGUUGACACUCGUAACGCGGGCUUCGGAGGUCUUUCUGUUUCGGUAGAAGGUCCGUCGAAAGCUGAACUGAGCUGUAAAGAAGCCAAGGAUGGUUUGAUUCAUAUUUCGUAUCGUCCAACUGAACCCGGAAUUUAUAUUCUCUCAAUCAAAUUCGCCGAUCUUCACGUCACUGAUAGUCCGUUCACGGUGAAUUGUACUGGAAAAGGAGUGGGCGCAGUUAAAGAAACAAUAAGCAAAGACGCUAGUCAGGCACCAAUGGUAUUACCGGGCCAAGAUGCGAAUUUGUAUUUGCAUUUCCCUAAAACAUCACCAAUGGAAAUGACGGCGAAAGUGAUGAUGCCGAACGGUCACAGUGAAGACGUUGAGAUGCGUGAUGUCGGUGACGGCUUCUAUCAGAUUCGUUUCCGAACCGAACAAGAGGGUAUCUACGCUGUUUCGGUAUUCCACAGAGAUCAGCAUGUAUCAGGAAGCCCGUUCCAGUUCACUGUUGGUCACUUCGGCGAAGGUGGUGCGCAUAAAGUGCGUGCCGGAGGAACUGGUCUGGCCAAAGGUGAAACACAAAACGCUCAAAGUUUCAAUAUAUACACUCGUGAAGCUGGCAAGGGUAAACUCGCAGUGGCCAUCGAAGGACCUUCGAAAGCGGAAUUGAAGUUUGAUGAUCAUAAGGAUGGUAACUGUCAUGUGGAGUAUAAAGUAACUGAACCUGGCGAAUAUUUGAUAUCAGUCAAAUUCAACGACGAACACAUUCCUGAUUCACCGUUCAAGACGGGAACCUAUUAUGUGGACGUGACACUGGAUGGAGCACCAAUGCGAGAUUCGCCGUUCCGUUUGCGAAUCGGUCAAAAAGAAGAAAGCGAUCCAACAGCGAUAUCGGUCAGUGGCGACGGUUUACGCCGCGGACAAACUGGCCAGAAGUGUGAAUUCAUCGUGAACACUUGCAACGCUGGUUCGGGUCUGUUGCAGAUUCAAAUCGACGGUCCUUCGAAAGUUACGCUCGAUGCUUAUGAGUUGGAGCAAGGAUACAAAGUACGUUAUAUGGCACUCGCUCCUGGAGUUUACUAUGCUGCAGUCAAAUAUUCGGGUGUUCACAUCCCUGGAUCACCAUUCAAGAUCAAUAUGGAAGGGAAAGAAUUGGGUGGUUCUGAGCCAGAUUCGUCUUUAAUUAAGAUUGAUGCACUGGCUAAGACAAGCAAAGGUACGGUAGCACAAGUGCCUGAAUAUAAAGGUGAUGCUAGCAAGGUGACGGUGAAAGGUGCUGGUCUCAAUAAGUUCUUCCCGGGACGACCCGCUACGUUCAAUAUCGACACUGGCAUGGCUGGUACCAAUUUAUUGUUUGUUGGCGUUGUAACCACAAAAGGUCCAUGUGAAGAAGUGAUCGUCCGACAUACCGGUCAAGGCAGUUAUACAGUGACGUACCGAAUUCAGGACCGUGUCAAAGGAUUUGUUUUUGUGAAGUACGGCGAUACUAAUAUUCCGGGAUCACCAUUCGCCAUUUCGUUCUAG